GCCGGAGCAGUGGAGCAUCGAAUAUUCGAAUCCAAAAGAUCAAAAAAUCACGCAAAAUGGCCGACUACGGUAUCGUUGUCUGUGAUAUUAAUAAUAUUUUAUUAAUGUGAAAUUAAUAUCUCCCUUAUCGCUUAUCAUGAAUAUUCUUGAUUUGUUAUCAUUUUAAUUGCGUUUUGCCGUUUUGGUAUUCAACCAUGAAGCAUAAUAAUAUUGUGUAUAAAAUUUAAAAGUUUAAACUGUAUAAUAUUGUGUUGUCUAGUGUAUUUGUUUAAAUAAAAAAUAAAAUAGUCAACUGUGUAAAUAGUGAAUACGAAAAUUUGUUAUUAAAAAUUAUGGUUAACUGUGACUCAGACACUUAGCCACUCAAGUUAUGCCUUAAAUUGGAAACCAUAAGUGCUAAACGUAUUUCAAUAAUAAAAAAAAAAAACAUAUUUUGUAUCAUCUCAACGCCAAAGAAUAAAUAGUCUCGAAAAGAAAAUAACAGAUUUAACAUGCGAUUCAACAACAAAGAAAUGAUUCACGUCAGUCACUCGAAUCCUGUUCUUGAAGGCCGGAUGUCCUAUGCAAAGAUGUCUAACGGAUACGCUUCCAAAGCAGGGACACCCUCAGCGAAUUCAAUCAGUAGGUGCAAAAUACGUUUGGUGUCAAUGUGAGUUUAAUGUGGCUACGUUUAUCACUACUAUGACAAUUUCAAAUCUUUACCCAUCAAAUGACUACGUUUAUCAUAUUAUGAUUUAUGAUGACAAUUAAAUAGUUGUACCCAUGGAUAUUUAUAUUUCUACAAGUUUCAAGGAAAGAUGGUUUCGACUCAAGUACAACUUAUUAUUUUACUUUAAAAUAAAUGGAUUUGGGCAAGUUGAUUUACAUCAACCAGCUGGUGUUUUUGUUUUGGAGAAUUCUAUUGUAAGACUUGAGAAUAAUACGCCAGGAACAUUAUUUUCAUUUUCUCUUUCGUUUAAAGACGAACCGGAUAAAAAGUAUAUUAUUUCUAGUCAGUCUGAGGAUCACGUUCAUCAGUGGAUCAAAUGUAUUCAAAGCUCAACGUACGAAUAUAUGAGAACCCGAAUGACGUUGAUACAAAAAAAAAUCGUGGAGCUUACUGGAAAAGAUCCGCUGUUGAUGUAUCCAGAGGAAGGGAAGAAAAUUGGCCGGACGAAAAGAUCGGGGGCGGAUGGAGACGAUAGCGAUUUAUUUUUCAACCCGCCGACGGAUCCACUCCCUCCACCCAGGCACAAACACGACGCCGGUAAAACGGCCGACACGAAUCUAAUCGAACUGUAAAUAAACCGUGUCUGUAAGUAGGUAUGUUAUGCGUGUAUGCAGAGAAAGGGUUGUUUGUUGUUCACCAUCACGCCGAACGAUACUAGCUGGCGACGCGCAUGCAUCCGCGAUGUACCUUUAUAUUUAUUUUGUAAUAUGCGCACCGGUAGCUAUAGUUGUGAUUUCGAGUUUUCGAAUUCGAUUACAUUACCUAUAUAUAUAUAGUAGUGGUAUAAUACGCCUUGCCGUAAAAAUAUUAUUUUUACGACUAUAUACACGGUAUACCGCUGCAGCUGACCCCGUUACCGUAUAUUAUCAAAAACAUCGGCGGGGUGGUUCCGAAAUUUACAACUGAAACGUAUUCACUUCUGGAAAACGUUUUCCCGGUUACGCUGCGUCCCGAAUAAAUUCCUAUAUAAUACGUUAUUAUAUUAAAUUCGUGCAACAUAUGGUUUUCAUCAUUUUGUAUAGGUAGGUAAAUGUAUAUUAUAAUAUAAUAUACACGAUAUACAUGCAUACAUAAUAUAUAGUAAAUGACGCGAUUAUCAAAUAAUAUUUUAAUGCACUGUAUAUUGUAUGAUUUGUAUGUAUUAAGUGGUAAUGUUGUGUGCGGACGACAGUGUAAUAUUCUUUGGAUUUAUAUAUUGCUUGUUAUUGAUUUUUCGAUGUAUUAUUAUUAUUAUUAUUUUUUGUAAGUUUGGAGAAGUUAUUAUUAUUUUCUUUUGUAAAAGUAUAUACCCGCCUCCUAUCUACCCAUAUAUAUUAUAUAAGUAUACACUUGCUACGUUGCAAUUUAUUUAUCAGAUACGACCAACAAACUGAAAACUCAGCAAUUGUGUUAAUAUAAUAAAUAUUUUUCUACGAUUA